UGAAGUGAAGACACGGAUUGAAGAAGGACUUCUAGUUUGGUGCAAUUACAUUUUGGCGCCGUCUAUGGGAAUCGAACUAAAAGCUCUCUUGUAGCUCUUUCAUCAUGGUUAACACUCGGUUUGUUCGAGCUGGAAGCCAAACUCAGCCUUCUGCCCAAGGCCAAGCUCAGUGCCUCAAUAACAUUCCACCUCAUAUCCUGAAUCUAUUCCCUCCUAUUGAACAUGCAGAAGGAGGUGAUGAAAAUCAACCUCACAAUUCAGCUCACAAUGCAGCUCCCAUCCCGAACCAAGAACCCCAACUAGUUCGCUCCACUGAUCAUCAACAUGCUCCUACCCUCAGUGAGUCUCAGGGUCAGUCUCAUAUGGCCCUAGCUCAGCAACCUCUACCUGACGAUGCCACACGACGUCUAGACAGUUUAGAAAAAAUGGUAGCCGAGCAGCGAUGUGCUCCACCUCCUCACCAUAACACUACUUCAAUACCUCAUCCUCUGUACACCAACAUAACUUUGGAACCUUAUCCUACUGGUUUCAAAAUACCUCAACUCGAAACAUACGAUGGAACAAAGGACCCAGAUGACCAUUUGCAUGCUUUCUACUCCUGUAUGCAAGCUCAAAAUGCUUCUGAUGCCUUGAUGUGCAAGAUCUUUCCUUUUACUCUCCGAGGCAAUGCUCAAACUUGGUAUUACAGUCUACCUCCGAGAUCUAUUAGUUCUUAUACAGAGAUGGCAUCUGCUUUUGUUACAAAGUUUUCCAGUAGGAGAUUGAUUAGGAAAACCACUUUUGAGUUGAUGCGAGUUAUGCAAAGGGAUGGAGAAUCUCUGAAGAAUUACAUGAGCAAAUUUAAUGAUGCAGUCCUGGAGGUUUGCUCAUUCGAUCAAGCUAUGGGAAUUGCAGCUGUAAUUCAAGGUCUUAACCAUGAAAGAUUCAGAGAUAGCAUAAUUAAGCAUCCCAUUGCCACUUUUAAUGAGAUGAGGGCUAGAGCAAAAGCGGAUGAAGAUAAUAUAGAAUUGAGGUCCAAUGUCGACCUCCACAUCGAGAUUCAGAAGACCGAACUUGAUCAUGGCCAUACAACGGAGGAAUGUAAUAGUCUGAGGUCCAAAUUGGAAAGUCUAAGUCAGAAGGGAAUGUUAAAUGAAUACAUCCAGAGAACAAAGCAGUUGAGGUUUGUUAGAGAACAGGGGCCACAGCCACAGAGAUCUCGUAAUGUUGGAAAUAGGCAAGGAGUAGGAUAUCAACAAGCCCCACCUCCACUUCCGCCAUCAGCUAGAAUUAUUCAUAUGAUUAUAGGUGGAUUGGAAGCGGGGGGUUUGAGCUCCAAGCAGAGGAAGUUAUAUGUCAGGGAGGUACAACGUGGCCUUAUUAACAUAGGGAGUGCACCAAAUAUUAUGUAUUAUCACUGUUUUGAGAGUCUAGGACUAGAUCUAGCUCUGUUGCAGAGGUACGAUGAUCCCAUAUAUGGAUUUAAUAACCAACUUGUUCAGGUAGAAGGAGUCCUUACUCUCGAUGUUGCUUUUGGGAGUGGCCAAACUUAUGUUACCCCUUCAAUUUGGUUUCUAGUCAUCAAAAUGGCCUCAUCCUUCAAUGCUGUUAUUGGACGACCUACAUCAACUGAGAUCCGAGCUAUGGUCUCUCAAUCUCACCUCUGUAUGAAGUUCCUAACCCCUAUGGGGGUAGCAGCAUUACGAGACAACCAGGAGAUGGCUAGACAUUGCUAUAUUACCUCGGUUACAAGGCUCAUCACAAGGCCUCAAAAAGGAAAAGAUCAGACAUCAGAAACCAUUUCAAAGGAAGUUCAUGAUAACCAACAGGUCAAGCGGGUUGAGGUACUUGAUAACAGACCUAAAGAUGAAACCCGAGUGGAUAUGCCAGGGAUUUCAACCUCAAUAUCUCAGCACAAGCUCAGCACCGAUCCAUUGAAGAAACCAGUGGCCCAAAAGCGACGCUUCUUUGGGGGGAAGAGGCUUAAGGUCAUAAAGGAGGAGGUGAAGAAACUCCUGCAAACUUGUUUCAUUAGAAGGGUUAAUUAUUGUGAGUGGGUAACCAAUCCAGUGUUAGUCAAGAAAGCAAAUGUUGAGGCAGCUUCUAGAAACGAGACAUUAAGUCUUUUAGAUGCAUAUUCUGGUUAUCACCAAGUCCCAAUGACUCUUGAGGAUGAAGAGAAGACCUCGUUCUAUGCAGGUGAUGAAAUCUAUUGUUACGUCAUGAUACCCUUUGGCUUGAAGAAUACAGGUGCCACUUACCAAAAUAUGGUGACCAUCGUAUUCCGAGCUCAGAUAGGCAGGAAUCUGGAAGUUUACAUCAAUGACAUCGUGGUGAAGAGCCUAAAAGCCGAAGAUCAUUUAGCUGAUCUCGAUGAGACAUUCAACAACCUGAGAAAGAACAAAAUGCGAUUGAACCCAACGAAGUGCAUCUUUGGUGUGGAAUCUGAAAAUUUUCUAGGUUUCAUGGUAUCUAGGAGAGGGAUUGAGGUUAACCUAGAAAAGAUCAAAGCAAUAGCCGAGAUGAAACCACCGAGGUCAGUAAAGGAUGUACAGAGAUUAACAGGGAGAGUGGCAGCUCUUCAGAGGUUCAUAUCGAAGUAAGCAAAUAAAUGUUUGCCAUUCUUCAAGAUCAUGAGAUCAACAGCUUAGAAAGAUGAAUCUGGCAAGCAGAAGAAGUUUGAAUGGAACUCAGAAUGCUAAGUUGCAUUUGAUGAGCUGAAGUUUUAUCUUAACUCACCCCUUUUGCUGACAAAGGCUGUUGAUGGAGAGAUCCUUUAUUUGUACCUCGACAUCUCAAACGAAACAAUCAGUUCUGUACUAGUACAGGAUGAAGGGAAGCAGCAAAAACUAGUUUAUUAUACCAGUAGUGUAUUACAUGGAGCAGAGAUAAGGUAUUCCAUUGCUGAGAAAGCAGCAUUAGUAGUUGUCA